UCUAUCUUUGACUCCCCAAUCUGGACGGAUCUCCGCAACGCGUUUGACAUUAAUAAGUUGGAGAGAGCAGCGAGCGGUUUUUUUUAACUAAUAUGCCCGUGGCAUGAACCUCCGAGUCUCUAUACGACACUUGUGAUGUCGAAACGGACCAUCUUCCUCAUGGGUGCGCCCACGUUGAGAAAUCUCCAAUGGAAUGAAGAGGAACUGCUGAACGCACCGAUAUCUCCAUUCCAUAGUCUGGAUACACAAGACGUAGGCCAUUGGCCUUUCCCCGAUGGUCAGCCCGUGAAAUGGAGACUAUUGCAGGAUUUGCGCAAUCCAGGGCUGCUCCCAGAAAUUUACAGGUGGGAGCCCGGUCGAGAUGCUCGCUUCCUCACUAUACAGGACAUUGCAGGCUCUGAUGGGACAUCGCGGACAAAGCCGGACGAUUCAGUGCUCUCGCAGUUCUACAACCAUUCAUUUACCGUUCACGAAACCUCGGAGAUCUCGACUCCGGGGUUUCACUCUGGAGACUCCAUGCGCAGUAGUGGUUUGUCGGCCGGGACUUCUUUUGCGACAAGCAGCGAGAGGGACGGGCCAACACCAGGGUUACCGAUCCAAGGACCCCUCACCGACCUCCGGGAUAUCCCCACUGCGGCGUAUCUGAAUUCGAUCGUGCCGCAGACGAUGACGGUGAAUCUGAUUGUGGCGAUAAUCGCCAUCCACCCUCCCCGGCGGGUGGUAACGCGGCAAUGGAAGCAAGAGCUGGAUCUGGUUGAGAUGGUGGUUGGGGAUGAUACAAGAAGUGGGUUUGGGGUUACGUUCUGGCUUCCUCCUGUGAAUCAUGCGGUCAUGGCUGGGGAAGGUGACGACGAAGGGGAGGCGCUGGGGGUGUCGCUGGCAACGCUGCGUCCCCGGGACAUUGUUCUGAUGCGGAUGGUAGGACUGAGCUCCUUCCGGGAACGGGUAUACGGGCAGAGUCUGAGGAAAGGGGUCACGAAGGUUAACCUGCUGCACCGGCAGCGGGUCGACGUAACCGAAGCAGGCGGGCUCUACAGUGCGAAGCAACUCCGGGAUAUUCAACAGGACCCUGCAGCCAAGCGUGAGGAAGAUCUGCCGCUGAUGAAGGUGAGCAAGGUGCGCGAGUGGAUCAGGAGAUUUGUGUUCGAUCCGGUAGGCGGUGAUGGAGGCCGGGGAACUUUUACACGUAGCUUGGCUGGAAAGGGCCAGUCACUGCCCCCAGACACGCAGGAGUGAGCAGGCAAGCAGGCAGAGAGUGAUGAUUUAUAUAUAGAAAUGGCCUGGAGUAAGGUCUACUGCCUACUGCUUUAUAUACUGGCUGGGAAUCAAGUCUCUUCCCUAAUAUAUCUAAUUUCUCGAUUCAUUAUGUUCCUUGUUCAACCUGCAGUUCUGAGGCGCUCC